CAGGGGUCGGACAACAACCGUAAAACCCUUUAAUUAAGUGUGGCAUUGGCACUCAACACAAAAACAAAAACAAAAAUUCCCAAAUGUUUAGAGCCAUUUCCCACAAAUCCCGACCUUCAUUAACUUCCAUAUUUCCAUCCAAUUCAAUCACCCCAACAUCUUCUUCUUCUUGUUUUUCCCCCUAUUUAUUAUAUCAAACACGAUACAAAAACGAGUUACAAAAUACAGAUGAUUUCAUUAAAGAUUCAGAUAGCCCACCAAGAUUAUUGGUUGUUCAACCUCGAUUCAGACCUGAUUCUUUAUUAAAAACCAAACUUGAUGAAGCUCUUAAUCUUGCUAAUUCACUUCAACAACAAAGAGAUGAUGGUCACUAUUUUAAAUCCACCAAUAGAGAAUUGCCACCGCAUAUUGUUGUUCAAAACCCGGCUUACAGAAUCACUCGAGCAGAUACUUUCUUUGGACCUGGAACUGUGGACACUAUAAAAUGCCAUUUAAACGCUGAAGAUUCAAAUGGUGGAGUUGAUGCUGUGUUUGUGAAUGGGGCUCUAACUGGAAUACAACAGAGAAACCUAGAGCGGGAAUGGGGCAAAGCUGUUUUAGACCGUGUAGGUCUCAUCAUUGAGAUAUUUCAUGCUCAUGCUCAUACAAAGGAAGGAAAACUGCAGGCUGAGUUAGCUGCUCUCAUGUACAAAAGAACCAGGCUUGUUCGUGUACGUGGGAGUGGUGGACGCUUAACAUUUGGCGGUGAAGCUGAAGUGGUUAGUGCCAAAGGGAGAGGAAGUGGUGGACAAGGGUUUAUUAGUGGUGCUGGAGAAACGGAAUUGCAGCUUCAACGAAGAAGAAUCAUAGAACGGAAAGUUCAAUUAUUGUCUGAAAUUAAAGAGGUACGUCGUACCCGAGCUCUGCAACGUGCUUCUCGCAAAAGGCGUGGAGGGUCACACGGUCAAGACAUGCCAACUGUUGCCAUUGUUGGGUACACAAAUGUUGGGAAAUCUACGUUAGUUGGCGCACUUUCAGACACCUAUCUCUUUUCCGACAAUCGGAUGUUUGCGACAGUUGAUCCCAAAGUACGGAGUGUGAUUCUCCCAUCAGGGAAGAAGGUGCUCCUUAGUGACACUGUGGGAUUUAUAUCCGAUUUGCCUGUGCAGUUAGUUCAAGCGUUUCAUGCUACAUUGGAGGAAGUUGUUGAGGCUGAUCUUCUUGUGCAUGUAUUGGACUCGAGUGCACCGAACCUUGAUGAGCAACGAGAGUCUGUGCUGCAAGUUCUUAAACAGAUAAAUGUCCCUGAAGAAAAGCUUCAAAAUAUGAUUGAAGUUUGGAACAAGAUUGAUCUUUCAGAGCGACAAAUGGCUGAAAAUCAGGAAUGUGAAGAGAACAUGGAUAAUGACUUGGAUGGUUGGCUUUCUAGCAAAGAUGAAGUGAAAUGGGAUGAUGAUACUGUUUCAUUUGUGGGAUGGAAAACCUUGGAGGAUCAACCAAUAGAUGUUUCUACCUUUUCGUGUGCUAUCAAAAGUCCUUCAAAACCGCAUCAUGAAUUCACCGCAGAUGUCAAAACCUCGGCGGUAACUAGAGUGGGGUUACAAGAAUUGCUAGACCUCAUUGAUGAUAAGUUGAAAACCGAGAAGUUGGUGGAGAGGAGUGUAUUUGAUCGCAAAUGGCGACCACCACGAGAGCAGGCUACAGGCGUUGUAGUCGGAUAGUUCUUCGUUGAAAUUUUGUUUCAAAUCGAGAUUGUCUUGGUUUGGUUGUUAUUUAUAGUUUUCAUAGUUAAUAAAACAAUUUUCUUAAAUUGUAUAUUUCAAAUAAUAUGUUUUACGUUCCAUAAAAUUGGGGAGUUUAUUUGUGCUUCAUUCUAUCAAA